AUGCCCGACAUUGCCUGCGGACCACCACCAGGCUCGAAUAUCGCCUCGGGCCCACCAUUGUCGCAGGGUAAUAUGACGGCACUCGGAAGCAACAACUGUACUCUUGCGCUUGCUACAGCUUCGACACUCCUACUUGCGUACAACGGCGAGCUUUUCCCUGAGUGCCAGAGUUUCGGACAUAAAACGACAAAACUGUAUGAAGCAUGCCUUGCUCAGUCGUGCGACAAUGUCCACGAAUGGGUUGCGGGCUAUAUCUCGUCUUACGAGAUGUUCGGUUGUGCAGACUACAAAUAUACUCCCACUACGCCGAGCGUUACACCUAGUGUAACUCGUUCCGCAACAAAAACGCCCGUUCCACCCGGGGAUUCGAGUCCCGUAACAACUCAGCCAACAACCGCUGCAUCUGGACAAACGAGUCGCGAGACAGCCGGGCCAACGCAAUCUGGUGGCUCUAGUUGGCGCCCGUACCGACGUUGGCCUGCAAUGGCACUUGCCGCCGUCGUUCUCCUAUACCUAUAG